AUGAGGAAGCUACAUUUGUAUAUAUUUCAAUUUUUCAUUCUUUUUUUUGCUUUAUUAAGCAAAAAUUUGGCGCAUACAUCAUUCACGCUUAGCAUUGGUAAAAACUUAUAUUGGGAUAUUUUAAAAGGAUUCAAGAUUAACGUAGAAUUUUCAAAUAUAUUACGUGAUAGCAGUGUGCGUUUUUUUAUUGACAGUUAUAUAACAUCAGAACUUUUUAAAUGCUAUUUAAAUAAUAGAAGUUAUAAUAAAUAUGAUUUAAUUGAUCAUCUUGAGAGAAAGAUUAUAAAUGAUUAUUUUGCGAAAAUAAAUAGAGAGUAUACUGAUAGAUAUGAAUUACGUAGGUUUUUAGAAAGACUUAUUUUAGAUAAAGAGCGUAGUGUUAUAGAUUUUAUGGAACAUUUUUCUUAUAAUACAUAUAAUAUAAAAGAAAAAUAUAAUAGUUUGUUGAAAAAAAUUUAUAAUGAAUCUUCAGAAAUUGAAAAAUUAUAUAUGGAUGCUUUAUCUGCUUCUAAAGAAAUAAAUUCAUCAUUAUAUAAGUAUGAUGAAUUAGAAUCAGAAUCAGAUUACAAUUAUUAUACAGAAAAAAAUAAAUCUAAAUUUUAUUCCCUUAAAAACUUAUUAAGUGAAUUAAGAAAUAAGAUCACUACCUUGAAUAAUUUAAAUUAUAAAGUUAAGCAAUUACAAGGAGAUAUAAAAAGUAAUAUUUUUAAAUAUGAAAGUUCAAGUUAUGAUUCAAUGGAUACAAGAAUAUUGGAUCAAUUAAAAGAUAUAUCUUUUAUGUCAGUUUUCGAUUUAGAAAAUAAAAUUACUGAAGCAAAAUAUGAUCUUAAAAAAAAAAUAGGUAUUUUAGAUAAUAAAGUAAGUAAAAUAUCGAAUGGAAUUGGAAUUGAAGAAAGAAAUGUAAAAUUAUACGAUUUUUCAGAUGUAAAAGAUACUAUUUUAACUGAGGAAGAAGUUAGAAAAGAAUAUGAGGAAUAUAUAAAAUCAAUUGAAAGUAAUUCAGAAUCUGAUUCAGGAAGAAUGUACGAUAAUUUUGAAAAAUUAUUAAUGUUAUUAGAAAAACAUAAAUAUUGGUUAGAGCAUCAAAAUCCUUUUUCUUAUUGCCAACGAAAAGAUAUUCUCCAAGUUUUAAAUGUUAGUUUGCAAAUCUCAGAAAAAUUGUUAAAUUAUUUUAAUCAAGCUAGUGAUCAUUUAGUAAAAUUAUAUGAAAACUUAUUUGAUGAAAUAAAUAAAUAUUUAUACAAAGAAGAUUAUGAUACUAAUGCCAACGUUUAUAAUCUUUGUUGGGACGAAAUCCAAAAUUUUAGAACAAGUGAUUUUUUAAUGGCUUCUAAUAGAUUUUCACAUGCAAUUUUUAUUUUGCAAAAAAGAAUAAGACUUUUUAAAAGUAAGAAUAAUCAUUUAGAGGGAGAACAAAUCUCCAAUUUAGAUAGAAUAAUCAAUAGUUUACAAAAUAUUAAAACAUCUUUAAAAUUACGUAAAUCUGAGUUUGUUAAAUUAGUUCAUAGUCCUGAAAAUAUGAGCACACUAAGAAGUAAUAUAGGAUAUAGGAUUGAUCUAUUUAGAGAGAAGUUUUUAAAUUUGAAAUCAAAUAUGAAUUCUUUUGAAGCAGCUACUGGGCAAUUACAUUCUGAAGUGGAUAAUGUACUUAAUGUAGUUAGUAACAUAAUUUAUCAUGAUAAUUUAGUAGAUGAUUUUGAAAAUAUGAGAAAAUUAUGGAAGGCUUACGUUAAGAAUAACUAUGGAUAUUAUAAUAAUGAUAACAGACUUACUAAAGCAUAUGAAGAAAAUAAAAAUAUUAUCUUUCCUCCUGAUUUUGAUUUAACAAAAUCGUCUGAAGUGAGUGAGAAUAUUAAUAAGAAUGUUUUAUCUUCUUCUUAUUUUAAUAUUUUAUAUAAUAAUGUUAUAAGUAGAUUUGAUUCUUUAAAAUCUCAAAGUGAAAGGAUAAAGUUAUUUUCAACAGUAUAUAGAUCAGUAGAUUCAAUAAUAGAUUUAAUUAAAGAAAAUAGAAAAGUAUUAAGAUCAAAAUAUAAAAAAAUACGUAAAGAUAUAUUAGAGAUGAUAGAAAUUAGAAAUUAUUCUAAAAAAAAUGGUCAAUCAUAUCAUAGAGAUUUAAUUGAACAUGAAAAAAGUCUUGUAAAUAAUUUGCAAAAAUUAUUCUUGAAUAAAAUUAAUUUACAUAAACAUUUAGAAAAUUCCGUAGAACUUGUUAAGAAUAAUUUAUAUAAAAAUAAUUUACCUUCUUAUUGUAAUGCAGUUGAAGAGUUUAUUACUAAAUAUUUUAUUACAAUAUCAAAAUGGAAAGAGUUCAUUAAUGAAAAUAAAAGAAUAAUUCCAUCUAAUAUAAUAUACAAAAUUGAAAGUGUGUAA